AUGUCUGAUCAAAACCCUGAUUCAAACGAAUUCAGUAAGUUGAGAAAUACCUAUAAAUACUAUAUCAAUAUGUAUUUUUCGUUGUAUCAGCUAAAAACGGAAGACGAAGAAGAAAUAAAUUCGAUUUACCAACAAAUCAAAACAGAAUUAAUUGAAUCAAAUAAACAUGUACCAAGAAACAUUCUACGAGAUAUUUUAAAUAUCCUUCCAUAUAAUAAUCGUGGUGCAACGGCAUACGUGAAACUUGCCAAACUAAUUUCUGAUGAAUAUCAAAUCACAGAGGUCAAAUACACUCCAAUUGUUUCUAAUUAUCUAUUUUACAAAGCGUAUGGAAUUAAAUUAGAUUUGCAAAAUGGUUUCACAGAUAUUAGAUAUGAAAAUAUCGAAAUUCUUACAGAAAAUACAAUUUACAGAGCAAUUAUGAAUAAUGACUUAGAAAGAUUCAUCGCAUUCACGGAAAGAGAUGAUUUUGAUAAAGAUCAAAAACUUAAAAGCAGUUUAUAUCCAGCUUCUUUCGGUGAAUAUUCAUUAAUUGAAUUGUGUUGUUACCAUGGAGCAGUUGAUUGUUUUAAGUUCUUAAGAACUAAAUUUAACUCAGAAAUAACUUUUAGAUGCCUUUCAUUAUCAUUUUUAGGCAGAAAUCCAGACAUCAUGAGUGAAUGUUUGAAAUAUCAAACACCAACCGAAACUUGCAUGGAAUAUGCAAUUAUUUCCCACAAUAUUGAUUUUGUUACUUUCUUGAAGAAUGAGCACAAUUUCGAGAUUGAUUUAUAUAGGUGUGCACAAUAUAAUAAUCUCGAAUCAUUUUUAGUUUAUUUCGAUCAAACAAAUGAUAUUAAGAAUUGCUUCUUUUAUUCAGCGAGUUUUGAUAUUUCAUCACUUUGCGAAUAUUUCAUUUCACGUGGUUCAGAUAUCAAUGAAACAGAUAAAGACGGAAAAACCGCCCUCCACUACGCAGCAAGAUAUAAUAGCAAAGAAACUGCCGAAUUUCUACUUUCACAUGGUAUAAAUGUAGACAAAAAAAUUACCACGGAGAUACAGCUCUUUAUAGUGCAGCAUAUUAUAAUAGCAAAGAAACGGCUGAGGUACUUAUUCAACAUGGUGCAAAUGUAA